AUGUCUGCAGCACAACUUCGACAUGCUAAUCAAUUAGAAAUCAUUCGUAGCGAAGAAAAAGAUCGUUACAUGAUCAGUUUGUUAUCGCAACAACUGGAUGAACUCUACACGAAGCUAUUCGGUUUAGAUCAUUUUCAUAUUUAUCAAUCAUAUUUACAUCGCUUAAGUGAACUUUUGUAUUUUCUAACAACGACACUAUUGGGUCGACAAACCAUCGGCGAAGAAUACGUUUGUUUGAUUCAAUAUGAUCCAGCUAAAAAACAGAUUCCAUCACUCUUCCAUCGGGUUUCGAUGGUUUUUCUACGAGUUUUCGGCGAUCUCAUAUCGAAAUAUCUUCUUUCAUCACUAAUAAUUCGUCCGCUCGCAGAAGAAUAUUUCCAUCCGAAAUUGUCCUCUCAAACACUUGAAUUACUUCUCAACUUUGUUCUAACAUUCGUCGAACGAACACAUAAACUAUUCUUCUAUUUAACUGGUUCGUAUUAUGAUCUAAGUAAAACGCUCACAGGUAUUCGUUAUCUUAUUUAUACUCGCUCAACAGCCGAAAGUACUUCAAUCGAAAACAAACUUACCCGUACGAUGAAAAUACUCUGUCUAUGUCUUUGUAGCCAACAUUUAGUUGAAUCUUAUCAUCAAUUAAAACAAAUCGCCGUGUCGAUUAGUCAGCAUCGACAAGAAUUAACUCGAGCGAAUGAUAACAAAGAGAAGAAGAUCAUCUCUGAUGAUUCCACGUCUGCAACAAUCGUCUCCGUUCAAUGCCCAUUAUGUUAUGAACCAGCCGACUCAAAUGUUGCACUAGUACCCGAAUGUGGCCAUGUUUUCUGUUGGCAAUGUAUUCAUACAUGGGUUGCCGAGAAUCAGACUUGUCCUUUAUGUAAAACGAACACUAUGCAAUCGCGGAUUAUUCAUUUGAUAAAUUAUUGA